CUAGGUAUGUAGAUCAAUGCGAUGUAGGUACCUACUAUUAUUACUAUAUUGCACCUUCCCACACUUAUCCAUUGCAAUAAAAAGGUUGAGUCCCGCGGUCUCCGCCCUGUGCACCCAUUUAUCAUGGAUUCCAAGUAACUUAUACAUUUUUAACGCUACCAUUAUAACCAUGUUUCUCUGUAUCGUUUACACCAAACCAAAAUCUAUUAGUGAAACAUUGAAACAUGAGAAGCACUUGAGCCUGCGACCAAAUCGUAACCAACUUUUUCAAUUCUUCCACUUAUAUCACGUUUGUAAACGCUCUGAACUGUAGGCAUAACGAUGCCGUUUCAUAUCUCGAAAACCCAAUGCGACAUCGUCCCUCUCUUUCUCUCUCACCAUCUCUCUUAUUGUACGCUGUGAUUAUGAUUUCACUCUUUUGCACUAGAUAACCGUUGGCCACUUUUGCGAUUCGUUCUUUCGAAUCUAAAUAAGACGAUUCCUCAGAUUUCAUAUGUCAGGACGCCUCCUAUAUUACUUGAUUUCCUACGGCCCUCAUCUUUAAAUAAUUCGAUUUCAAUAUUGUUCAUAGCUUCUUAUAGUAUAUGCAGCUGUCAACCAGAAACCUCGAAACUAAGGAGCCAAUCAUCGUAUUUUCGUCGACAAUCUUUAACCAUAUAUAGAUUCUAUUGAUUUUGCUGCAUACAUCUACAUAAAUUGAGCUCCGGGACCGUGACGCUCGAGCUUUCACUUAUCAACUUGAUAGG